AUGGAGGACAAGCGCAACAUCCAGAUCAUCGAGUGGGAACACCUGGACAAGAAGAAGUUCUACGUCUUCGGGGUGUGCAUGACGAUGAUGAUCCGCAUCAGCGUCUACCCUUUCACCCUGAUACGGACACGGCUGCAGGUCCAGAGGGGGAAGAGCCUCUACAAUGGGACCUUUGAUGCCUUUGUCAAAAUCCUGCGGGCCGAAGGGGCGGCCGGGCUCUAUCGGGGCUUCCUGGUCAACACCUUCACCCUCAUCUCCGGUCAGUGCUACGUGACCACCUACGAGCUCACCCGCAAGUAUGUCUCGCAGUACAGCAGCAGCAACACCAUCAAGUCGCUGGUGGCCGGCGGUUCGGCCUCCCUGGUGGCCCAGAGCAUCACGGUGCCCAUCGACGUGAUCUCCCAGCACCUGAUGAUGCAGCGCAUGGGCGACACCAUGGGCCGUUUCCGCGUGCAGGCCCACGAGGGCAAGCGGUUCCCCGUCUUCGGCCAAACCCGGGACAUCAUCGCCCAGAUCUUCAAGGCCGACGGGCUGAGGGGCUUCUACAGGGGCUACGUGGCCUCCCUCCUUACCUACAUUCCCAACAGUGCUGUCUGGUGGCCCUUCUACCACUUUUACGCAGCUUUUCGGCACCUGAUCUGGUUUCCCUGCCUGUUUGCAGAACAGCUCUCCAGCCUGACCCCCAAGGACUGCCCCCACCUGCUCCUCCAAGCCAUCUCCGGCCCCAUGGCGGCUGCCACCGCUUCCACCCUCACUAACCCCAUGGACGUCAUCCGGGCACGUGUGCAGGUGGGGGGCAAGAGAUCCAUCCUCCUGACCUUCAGACAGCUGAUCGCCGAGGAGGGUCCCUGGGGGCUGACCAAAGGCCUUUCCGCCCGCAUCAUCUCGGCCACCCCCUCCACCAUCGUCAUCGUGGUCGGCUACGAGACGCUGAAGAAGCUCAGCCUGCGUCCGGAGCUGGUGGACUCCCGGCACUGGUAGGCGACCAGGA